GGCGCAACAUCCUCAGACAAUAAAACACCUCCUCUAUCGACACUGCGCUCCCUUCUGCCCUCGCCCAACACUCUCUUUUCUCGCCGUUGCGCUGGCCACCAGUUCUCGUCCUCCGUCCGCUUGUCUGGCGACUCUUCUAGGCUGUGUGCCAACGUCAACCUCACGACUCUGCAGCUCCUCACUGCCACAUCACGUCGUCAAUCCCUGCGCUGCAUUCUUUGACAACAAAUAAGUUCCCCAUACGCUAGCUUUCCAGCCGUUAUGGCUCCGGUCGGGGCCAUUUCGCCGCUUAAGAUUAACAAGUCCACUCCAAACGCGUCCCCAGCCAAGAUGAAUUCCAACAGUUCUGUGCCCCGCGCCCUGACGGAGGUCAGUCCAAUGUCUCAACGGCGAAAUUCCCCGAGCUACAAUCAAAUCACAAAGCAAAUGGUCGGUGCCGGGCGAGACUCGUCUCCAUUCGACUCUUCGCCGUACGGCAACUCGUCUCCUCGCGCUUUCUGGCAGAAGGGUGCCUCACCGGCACGAUUUGGCGCCGAGAACUGGCUCGACCGGUCUGACUCCUCUGCGUCCAUGUCGAAGCGGCCGUCGAUCGAGAGGCUUAAGCAGGCUUCUCGAGUCAAGAACAGCAGCAUGUUUGCGCGGGAGCAGAAGAACGAGUAUGACCCGGCUUCACCGGGCGUGCUUGAGCGCCCGCUUGCUGCUAACCGACCACUAUCGCAGCUUGGCGGAAAUGCAUUCGGUGGUCGCGGCGUCGAUGGCCAGCGUCAAGAAGGCGCCAAUGCUGUCAAAGGCCACCGCCGUGGGCAGAGCUCUAACAAUAUUCCCGUCAUUUCGCGUCCCAGCACUGACGCGCCUUCGACAACGACGACGGUGGCAUCAAACACUCCAUCACCGGCUCGUAGCACCGCAUCGCCCACCAAGUCGUCCCUCUCGAGCCGCCCGAUGCACAACACACUGCCGCGCAACUUCAACCAGAACUCUGCGCCCUGGUCCGAUGACGAUGAGACGGAGACAAGUAUCGUCCCGUCACGGCCACUGCGCCGACACGCGAAGAGCGUUACGUUCGACACAAAGCCACCGGAGAUCAACGAAUAUGAGAUGGUGACUCCUGAUCCAUCCGUAGCGUCUGUUGCGUCUGGUUCUCGCGAGGGAAGUUAUGAGGAUUUCGACGACGACGAAUACGAGAUCGAUCUUGGUGGCGGGCCAAACGAGGACGAGGACAGUUUUGACGCCUCGCUCGAGGAUACGGAGAAGACACCGGUUGUCUUGCCCGAAGACUGGCGCCACAUGAGUCCAGAGGUGGGAAACAACUCGGUCUCAAAUUCCUUUGAUGAUCCUUUCACUGGACGUGGUACGCCUUCGCAACAAUGGAACGCGUAUCGUACAGCGAGCGUCAACUCGGACGGCGACUCGAGACCACUUCCUCCUGUCCCGCCUUUUGCCCACGACGAGGCUCGUCCCGCUUCGCCCAACACCAUUGCAGAGCGCGUGCGCGCGGCGCAUAACCGCACACUCCCGAACCUUCCUCGUCCCAACGGUGUCAGCAGUCCUCAGAGUGCCGGGACAAAAAAGACUUCGAUGACCCUCGAGGACCGCUUAAGGCUGAUGGGGCUGCAAGAUUCCACUUCUCCCAGGGGCUCUGCUGCAAAGGAAGCUGCUAGGCUUCGCAAGCACGGACUUGGUAUUCACGUUAACGAGGAAGAAGUCUCUGCGGAUGAUAAUCAUGACAAUCAUUACAGCCCUCCACAUAUCUCUCGUGAAUCUGUCUUGCGCAAGGUUCGUUCCCGCACGUUCGACAAGAGCGAAGAGACACAAGGCACUUUCUCCGAGGAACCGAGCUAUGCUGAUCUGGAUCCUGACGUGCCAAUUCCUUCACGAGAGGCUUCGUCAAACUUCGACGAUGUUGUGCCUGAGGAGCGUGAGGUGCAGAUCAAAGAAGAAGAUGCAGAUGAUCCCAUUGAUCUGUACGCCAUCCCGGACAUGUACGCAGGCGACAACGACGAGGACUUCAGCCGUGAGGGCUCUGUUAUUCGACACGAUGUCUCAGGAAGGGAUGCGGCAGAUGAUGAAAGUUGCUACUCGCCUGAAAUGAACCACGAAACCGCUGCCCAGCAAGGCUCUGAUGGUGCGAUGGACGAAGAUGGACCUCCAACUCCAAAGCAAGAGUCCGGCAUUCGCACGUCGACCCCGCUUCAUUCCAGAGAUGAAGAUCAGGGAGCGAGCAGUCUUCCGGAGUUCUCGCUGCUAGACGACGGCGAGUUCCAGAGCGGUCUAGCCAGCUACUUGAGUAAUUCCUCAACUCCUCCACCUCCGCCAGAGAAGGACAAUGUCGAUGACGUGCGCGCUUCACCCCCGAAAGUCGACAUGCAAUCUGUUCAAGAGUCAAUGCGUCAAGACGCCAGCGAAGAGGACAAUGCCGAUUGUCCCGGUACUCCAGAGUCAGUCGUGCACCGCCCGAUCUCUCCGGAGUCCGAAUCCGAAGUAGAGACUCCAGGUAUCCCAGAGCCUCAAGCUACUGUCAAGGCGCCUGGUGGUCUUUUGAAGACACGAGCGUCGGCGACACCUGCGGACCUGCAAUCCAUGGCCGCUCAACGCCGGAUGGUGAGCGGACAAGGACCUCCCCCUAUCCCAGAAAAGAGUCCAAAGCGCUUGUCGAUGAGUCUUGAACCUGCCGAAAACCAAGACUGCCCCGAGGAGAAAGAUAGGUUGGAAGUACCAGCGUCGCCGAUCACCCGUCGGCAGUCUUUCCGCGGCAUCGACAUUGGGGACGAUUCAUUCGGCGAAGACAUCUCCUUUGGGCUUGGCAAAGAGUUGGAGCGCGUAAUUGAAUCUUCAAAGAAGGGCUAUCUUAUGAGACAGAAUACCAAGGUGGUUAUUGCCAAACGCAACUUUAGCAACGAAAGCAGCAUCGCACCGACAUCUCCCACUUUGGAACAGAGGCCCUCGUCAGCUGGCACACGAGGUGCUGGCGGCAGUCCGCGCAAGCCGAGUCACGAACGGUCCAAGUCCUGGACGACGGAGCCAUGGAAUGGCAAAGUGAGACGAAAGAGUAUUCGCAACUCGGGAGCUGUGAAGAGAGCCGGGGCUUCCGGUCCACUGCCUCCACUUCCUGGCCAGGAGAGUGCUGUGUCAGCUGGCUUGGACACAGUAGUAGAAGGUCAGGCGCUGGCCGGAGAGGCUGAUGUCGAAGAUGGUGUCGAACGUGGCCGACUGUUCGUCAAGGUAGUCGGCGUCAAGGACCUCGACUUGCCCCUUCCACAGAAAGAACCUACGUACUUCCAACUCACCCUUGAUAACGGUCUUCACUGUGUCACGACCUCGUGGCUGGAGCUCGGGCGCACUGCUCCCAUAGGGCAAGAGUUUGAACUCGUCGUGUUGAACGAUCUGGAGUUCCAGUUGACUUUGCAAACUAAGUUGACGCCACCGCCUAAGCCAACCCCGUUGAGGCCAAACUCGCCGAGCAAGUUUGUACACAAGUCCCCCAUAAAGAAGACCUCCUUCAGCCAUCUUCUCAUGUCACCUAAGAAACGGCGGGAGCAUGAGCGUCUUGCCAAGGAGAAGCAAGAGCAAGAAGAAGCUGCCCGGGCUGCUUUGGAACAGGAAAGCCUGCGCGCUUCGAGAAAUUCUCGCACUGGAACAAAUCCAAACGCCACGGCUUGGGAGUUGCUCAAUGAACUCGUCGGCUCGGAUGGUAGCUUUGGUCGCGCUUACGUCUGUCUUAAGAAUCACGAGAACCAGUGCUACGGUAGACCCAUCACUGUCGACAUGCCUGUUUUCAACGAGUGGGCUUUGGAAGACGCCGCGAUCGUCAAUUCGGUCAAGAGCAAGCGAGGUGGCGUCGUACGCCGGCCCCCCUAUCAAAUCGGCAAAUUGACGCUUCAGCUCCUGUAUGUCCCUAGGCCAAAGGGUAUCUCAGACGAAGACAUGCCAAAGAGCAUGAAUGCUUGCAUACGCGAGCUAAGGGAGGCUGAGGAGGCGGAGAAGCGUGAAUUUGAAGGAUUCCUAAGUCAGCAGGGAGGCGACUGCCCGUAUUGGCGUCGUCGAUUUUUCCGACUGGUUGGGUCUAAGCUUACGGCCUAUCACGAGACUACUCGGCAGCCGCGCGCAAAGAUCGACCUUGCAAAGGCUGUCAAACUCAUUGAUGACCGAGGUUCGCUAGUGCAAAACCCAGAAGGCGGGAAGUCUGCCAAAGGGCGUCGAAAGUCGGGCUUCGCUGAGGAGGACGAGGGCUAUCAGUUUGUCGAAGAGGGAUUCCGCAUCCGUUUUGGCAAUGGAGAGACCAUUGACUUCUACGCCGACAACGCCAAGGAUAAAGCCGGCUGGAUCGACGUGCUGCAGCAGACUAUUGGCAAGAGCGUAGUCUCAAGUCGCGAGUGGUGCAAGGUUGUUCUAGCCCGAGAAAAAGAGUUGGCUGCUUUGAAGGCAAAGGCUCCCGAGAAUGUACAAGCUCGCCCUCAGAGCGCGGAUGGUUUGUAUGACCGAGCGCAGAAUAUGAAGCAGAAAGCCAACAGACUAGGCGCUUCCCACCGCAAUAACGGGGAGGGAUUUCCUGUCAUGCCGACUACGCCGUCGAAGCCGAGAAGAGAGAUGUUUCAGACGCCUCAGACAGCACCACAUCAGGGUCGAACGACGGAGAGGAGGAAAGAGGUCCGAAGCAUGAUCUUCUAGCUUCUGAUCUUUUUUUGUUCUCUCUUUCUACUUGGUUUAUUGCACCAAGCAAAAAGGUGAACAAAUUCCACAGCAGAAACAAGACCAGUGUACCCAAGGGUGCGCUCUAAGUUGGGCAGGAUCUCAGGCGUUUCCAUUGAGUGGGGGUUUUCUUCUUCUUAAAAUUUCUAGGGCUGCCAUCGUUUUUUUACGUUUUCUUGAGAUGGCGAUUCGCUGUUCAGAUACGAGAGCCGCGCUUUGCUUUCUGACGGCUGGGCUGAAGGUGUUAAGUUAUAUGCCUGCAUGCUUUGUAAUGAUUAUGCGCAAUGCGAACGAUUUUGUAAAAAAGAAAAAGAGAAAAAAAAGACCGCGUCCAGACUCAA